UGCAACCAGUUCUAGUCUAUGCUGCCACCUUCGCCAUGGUUCUGCUCACUGCUGGUUGUGAUCCUCGAGGAGUUGCUCUUGAAUCUCUACUACCUGCUAGUUGUUUGCUGCAUCCUUGUGGCCAUGAAGAUUUGGUCACGGCCACGUUGGUGUUUUCCUUUGCACGUGGUGCCCAGAGAGAUCCCUGCGGUGACGGAGGAUUGUGUGUGUCGCAUUUGUCAAGAGAACUCCGGCGACUUGCUGGGAGUCUUUUGCGACUGCAAAGGUAGUGUGGCGCUGAUGCACCAGCGGUGCUUGCAGCGAUGGGUCGACGUCGCUGGCCGCGAUUGCUGCGAACUGUGCCUGAGCUGCUUCUCCCAGGAAGAGGCUGGCCUUCUGAUGCAGUGGCUUCAAAAAGUGCAGGAAUGGGCUUCAGAUGGAG